AUCGAUACCACGCGAUACCACUUUGCACGGCAUCGAUCCUAAAAAAUCGAUACUUUAGGCUUGAGUAUCGAUACCUUGAAGUAUCGCAGUAUCGAUAUCCAUCCCAACUACAUUCAUUCGGUAUUUCGCUUUUGAUCGGUGUGGAGGCAUUGCCGACGUGUAACGUGCAAAGAGUAUUACAGACAAACUAAUUUAGAGAAGGUAUUUGUUUGAUUUCAAGGGCUCCUGGAACACCUUCCUGAAUAAAUUUGACGAUUGACAAGAGAAAUUGGUGAGUGGAAAUAGCCUGUGCCUGUUCUAGGUUUUCGAUAAAUUUUGGUUUCCAUCUGUUUUGCUCUGACCAAAGCCUCGGUCUGUUGCAAGGAUGGCCAAUUCUGUGAAGAGGAAAGAGUUCUCUGAAGAGGCCGAGGCCGCUAUUUCUGUACUUCGUGCAUUAGUGUCAUCCAAAAAGGGAGCAUCCACAGUGAAGAGUAUUUUGAGUGAUUUUCGUGAAUUGGAAGGAGGUCCUCUUAUGUAUAAGAAGUUUGGUUAUCCCAACGCUGAUGAAUUUUUGAAGGCUACCGGCGAAUUUGUUCUUCAAAACAGAAUGGGUGAGAAUGUGAUCUAUGUCAAACCAAGUAAGGAAUCAGCGCAUAUCUUAAAAAUGGUAGCUGCGCAGAGAAAUACGAAAACAAAGAAAUCAGGAUUUGCUAUUCAGCGUCAGCCGCAAAAGAGAGUUCCUGGAAUCAACUGGAACCUUAGUGCCUAUAACAAAAUGUAUUCACAGAUGCCUUAUCAGUCAAGCUUGUAUACACAGAGAAAGUAUCCAACUCAGUACCAGCCUACCCAGCAGCAACAGUUCCGUCACAAUAACCCCAACAAUCCUUUAAAACAAAUAUACAAUACCAACCCGAAUAACCCAAAAUUUACCAAUAACCGCAACUACAACAAUCUUCAAAACAACUACAACAAUCAAUCGAAACAAAUUAUGCCUACGAAAAUAGUUCCACCAUUAUUAACACAAACUACUGCCCUUAAUAAUCAACGGCACGGGCAGUCUGAAACAAACAAUAAUAACACAGUCGCGAAAAAUCUAAACAAGUCUUCGGCGAAGAUAGGUCCACAGACACCAGCCUCAAACGAUCUUCGACACAGACUUUCCAAUACGCAACAGAUGAUGCCACCGCAACAAAGACAACCAUCGUCACACGAUCUAAUUAACAAGCCUGUUCAAAUGGAGCAACAACAAGACCACGCCGGCAGAAUAAUUCAACAACGUAACGAUCUCAAUAAUAUGACUCCGUCAAAACAGGGUGUAAUUGAUGCUAUCCAUCGAAUGGUGUGUGAUGCUGUAGCCAGUCAGCAGAACUACAACGUCCCAAUUGCAGCUAAUUCUGUGCCAAUAGAAACGAUGGUGCAACCUGUCCGUAGUGUCAAUACCCGAUUGCAGAUUACGAAACAUGUGACCCCUAUGCCAGAGCAACGGACACCACCUCCCCGAAUUUCAAACAAUUUAAAUGGUGGUAUUUCAACUAAACAAGAUUUCACAUCUCCUGAGCCGUUCAUACAUCCAGUGAUCAUCACACCACCGCCCACGCCCAUUAUUCCACUACCGACAUUACCUGGCCAGAAAUCUUUGCAAGAUCGUCUAAAACUUAAUCAACAAGUGGACAGAUCUGAUCUGGAAAAAGUUUCCAAACUAGUAGCCCCACAGUCGCCACCACCGAAGAUAAUGGAUUUAGAUUCAAAGACUCCGUCGUCGCCAUUGUUAUUGCCUCCAAUAACAGCCGCUUCAGUUCGAUCGAAAGAGUCUUUCUCGUGGAACCAGCUGCAAGCUACACCCAUUGAAAUGCUAUGUUUAUAUGCAGAGCACAAUGGUUUCACCCGGCCAUCUUAUAAGUACUAUAAGUUAAAGAGCAAGCGGAUCCAGUGUCGAGUAACGAUAAAUGGAUCGACUUAUUCUACCUACCCGAACGAUUAUGCCAACGAGUUCGAGGGACAGUUUGCUGCUGCCCAGAAUGCCAUCGAGAGUAUCAAGCGUGACGAGGAGCGAAAUAACUACUCAGUUUGUUUGGAUUCGGACUUUGAGAUAGCUACCAAAUUGUACAAUUUGUUGAUUUCUUGCCCGCACGGUAUGUUUAGCAAAAACUUACCCGAUGCGUUCCGAAAUGCCCAUCAGGCUUUGCUGCCGGAUCACUGGGAGACGAUAAUUUUUUCCCAUGCACGUAUGUUUUCGAGAGAAGAAGUUCAGGGUAGCACAAUUGUGUUUGCGAACACUCGAGACGAUAACGGUUCCAAUGGAUCGAACACAUCCAACACAUCUGAAGCUAGAUGUAUGUUGGCCAAUGUGCUUGUGCUUCCUUGGGUGGAGAAGUAUUGGAAUUUAUUUAUUACGAAUCCUGCUUCCACGGUCGAGAUUUGGGCACGUCUGGUUGGUCACCAAUACAGUGAUGAAAUGGAUGCGUUGAUAACCGACAUCGAACUGUCUAUGAUGGACGAUUAUAAACCGAAAGCAAAGACGAUUACCGUUGGAGAAUAUUAUCUGGUGUGUUCUAACGAUUGCUGGUUCCGUGUUCGAGCUGAGGAGCUGGACUUUGAGAACAACAUUUGUGUGUGUUUCUUUAUCGAUCUUGGCGAAUGGGAGAGAGUCUCGAUGGAUGAGAUUUAUCUUUGCGAUGCAAAGUACCUCGAACUUCCGGCACAAUCCGUCUGCUUUACGUUGUACGGUUUGGAAGAUUUUGGCGAGAAUCCAAAGGCGAAACCCCAUCUCGAUAAUCUCAUCUGUGGAAAAGUGUGCAUUGGCGAGGUUUUGACGAAACAGGAAGAGUACGAAAAUGAAUCCACUUCCGGCGAUUCACGGAUUAAGAUAGUUCUAUAUGAUACUUCGUCGGAUGAAGAUGUAAAUCUUAAUUCGAUUAUCCUCAAGCAGGUUUGCGAGGAUACACCGAUACCGGAACUCAAUCGUAAAAGUUGGAACUCGGUGGUUAUGACCCACGUGGAUGAGUUUGGCGAUUUGUAUUGCCAGAUGAAGGAUACGGCCAUGGUUUAUAUUCAAAAACUCAUUACUAAUCUCGUUCUGUCCAAAGCAUUGGAAGGCAAACAUCGUGGCCUAUAUGAAUCAAAUUCAUCUGCUGCAGGUCAGCAGCUGUAUUUGGUACAGGACAGUAAUGACUUGAAAUGGUACCGAGCUGCACUGACAAGCAAAGAGUCCGAUUCAACUUGCAAAAUGUUGUUUGUUGAUACUGGUAUUGAGAAAUCGAUCAAUGUAACAAAUGUCUUCCAAUUAGCAACUCUGAGUGUAGCUCUAAGUCGUUAUCCGCCACAGGCUAUACGAAUGAAGAUGUUUGAUAUUCCAGAAAUCGGUGACUUUUUGUUGAGUCGGCUUCGAGCACUGUUGAAACCCGGAUUAACGGCAAUGGUCAAGGUAGCUGCCUAUUCGACAAUUCCAUUGGUGAAAGUCUAUAUGCACGCAGAACCGAAUAAUCUCCUUGUUUGCAUAAACGAAAGUAUCAAGACGGAGAUCGAGCUGGAGCUGAAUUCGGAAGUAAUUAGUGAACCGCGAAUUACAGAAAACGAGAGUAGUAGUUCUUCAUCAGUAAGUUCCGCUAAACUAAACGGUUUCUCUUCAGACUAUUCCAUUGGAAGUCAGGAAGCGGCCGAUCUGUCGAAACACUUCAGUGAACUAAACAUUGAACGGUCAAAGAUAACCAGGAGCCCGAUUCCGUCACAGGUAGUGCCAAAAUUGGCAAAGUUCCAGUUACCAGCAGUCGGCGAACUGUUCGAUGUAUACGUUACGAUUGCCUCCAGCCCGAACUAUUUCAUCGUUCAGCCGCACAGGCAGGCUUUGAAGCUGCAAAGGAUGAUGGUGGAUUUACAAAAGUACUGCAUGACUGAGGCUCUUCCCGUUCCAAAGGACAACAUUCAACAGGGAGAGGCUUACGCGGGAUUGAACAGUGAUGACGGGUUUUGGUACAGGGUCUUGGUGGUGAACAUCCUUUGCGGGCCUACAUUAAUUCAUGUUUACUUCUGCGAUUUCGGUCAGGUUCGGAUCAUAGCCAAUGAUCUGCUACGAAUCCUCCCACCACAAUUGCGCCAGCUUCCCCAGCAGGCAUUGAAGGCCAAACUGUACGGAGUCCAACCGAUUCACGGUGACUGGAGUGCCGAGGAUGCGGUUCGUUUCCAGCAGCUGACAGUCGAGAAACAGUUUGCCAGUCAAGUUCGUAGCAUUCAUGCAGACGAGUUCAAUCAGAAUGAUGAUAUAGUUGAGUUGACGCUAACUGACGUUUCCACCGAUGAGGAUACGAUAAUUCAUCAGGUUCUGAUCGAUGAGAAUAGAGCCGUAUAUGUUGGUAAGUAGAGUAAGAAGUAGUUUGCGAAACUACCCGAGAGAGAUAGAGAUUCGAACGGUGAUGGUAAUCCAAUCACCUCCGACGACUGUACACUAGACACCGAUUGUCUAUCGGUAAAACACCAUCAGAAAAAAAUGUUUUACCCGUUAUUUCUGUGGUACGUUUGGAAAGUAGAAAAGAGUAGACUGAAAACGAUCAGCUAGCGAUAUCGUCAAAUAUCACUACCUAUUACCCUUAACUAAAGUCGAAGAACGAACUUUCUAUGAGAUUUUUAUCCUAUUAACUCCUACUCAUUAAUUAUUAUUUACUGUAACCAAAGCUUCUAAAGCAGCGUGUUUGGAUUGAUAGAUGAAACCAUGAACUAGAUCCAUUCCAUUAGAUACUAUAUCCAAAAUUUCGAAUGAUUUCUAAAAAAUCUUAUUAAUAAUAACUUUACUCGAUUGCCAAACUAUUUUCUAGAGGUCGACGAGAAAACGAUAUUUAUAUGUGUACCUAACAACCACUGUACAAGCAUAAUCUGAAAACAAUGUGAUUAGUCGACGUUAAUAAAAGGUUAAUUUUAAACACUAUACAAAACGUUGAACACAAUCUAAAUUCUAUGAAACAAGUGCUCUUACGGGUGUUGGUGAGUUUAACUCAGUGAUGAAAGUGAACAAGUUUCGAGCUAUCUACAUCGAUUGAUAUGUAUUUAUUGAAUCUACACUAGCACCGUUUUUUAUUGUUAUUUAUUUACACUACCAUAUAUUUAUUUUUCUUUAUUUUAUUAUUAGAAAUGAAGGCCUUUUAAAUAGUUACACAUAAUUGUAUCCUUGCACUUCACCAUAUUCUUUCGUGCUAGGUUCAAAAUGUAGUUCUUUUUUAUGUAAUGAUUUUUUUUGUCAAUGCGGUUAUUUAAUCAUGAUACAAUUUAUCGCCAAGUUGAUUCGUUGAGAGCGUAUAUUUACGGCAAUAAUAUUGUUUUAUGUAGCUCU